UGGACCUUACAACAGGUAUAUACCGGUGUAUAUAUAUAGGUAAAAAUAAAUAUGGCGAAAAGACGAACUGUACGAAUAGAUAUAGGUGUGUUCCAAAUCACUCCGUGCACUUUACUAAGUGUAUUUUUAUUCGGAUACGCAUUACAUUUCAUAGGAUUCUUUUCCCCCUUCUGGGUGAUCGAAGGGUGUCACGAAAUUGGACUGUUUUACAGCUGUAGUAACUGUUUGACAUUGAAUCACACAAGCAGUUUAAGGGGAUGUUUUAUUCACGAUAGUCUAUAUCAGGAGGUGAAUCUCUGGUUUCAGGUAAUUUCACUUUUGUUCAACACUUUCCUGCUGGUUGUGUUAAUAGUUUUCACACUGUGGCGUUUCUAUGUUCGAGAUGUGGUGGGUGACGGUACAGACUCAGGGAACCCAUUCGACUACGACUGGCUCCAUGAAAUCAUUGCAGGAUGUAUCUUUAAUUUAAUAUAUACAAUUUCAGGAUUAUUAACUCUCAUAGGAUGUAUUAUACUAGCUACGCAUCGUGUAUCCCAGCUUUCAUGGUCUUUUGGGCUAAGCUGUGCUGGAGGAAUAUAUUCAUUAAUUAUGGUAAUUCUGGCAGAUAUUGUAAUUAUUCAAAUAAAGAGAGGUCGCUUUCAUUUAAAUGAAAUAGUGGCAACUGAUUCCGACCCAGAGGAUGAUUCAAAGACGCUUGAUGUACAUGUUCAGAAGCAUGCGCAAUGGAAACUUUCAUUUAAAAGAGACUGUACUGUCUUAGUCUAGUCCUUAUGCAGGACUGUAUCAGUUUUAUGAUUCGCAGUUUUUCAUUUUGUCAGUACCCGCACUGUAGUGAAACAAGAUUGUGCUUUGAAUUGAAAAAUUGGACUCGAUGUACGACUGUGAUAUUUUUUUUUUUCAGGAUGAAAUCAACAAUCAUUUACCGCUCAUUUCAAAAUGUGUUCUUUUUAGCUAAGCUUGGCCCGAAGGGGCCAAGCGAACUUUUCUCAUCACUUGGCGUCCGUCGUCCGUCGUCGUUAACUUUUACAAAAAUCUUCUCCUCUGAAACUACUGGGCCAAAUUACACCAAACUUGGCCACAAUCAUCAUUGGGGUAUCUAGUCCGUCGUCCGUCGUCGUUAACUUUUACAAAAAUCUUCUCCUCUGAAACUACUGGGCCAAAUUACACCAAACUUGGCCACAAUCAUCAUUGGGGUAUCUAGUUUAAAAAAAUGUGUGGCGUGACCCGGACAACAAACCAAGAUGGCCGCCACGGCUUAAAAUGCUUAUGUUAUAACUCAGAAACCAAAGCAUUUAGGGCAAAUAUGACAAUGGGUAAAAUUGUUUAUCAGGUCAAGAGCUAUCUGUCCUGAAAUUUUCGGAUUGAUCGGACAAAACAACCCGUUGUUAGGUUGCUGCCCCUGAAUUAGUAAUUUUAAGGACAUUUUGCCGUUUUUUGUUAUUAUUUUGAAUAUUAUAGAUAGAGAUAAACUGUAAACAGCAAUAAUGUACAGCAAAGUGAGACCUUGAAAUAAGUCAACAUGACCAAAAUCGUCAAUUGACUCCCGAAAAGGAGUUAUUGUCCUUUAUAUAGUAAAUUUUUAACAAUUUUCAUAAAAUUUGUAAAUUUUUACUUACAUUUUCCACUGAAACUACUGGGCCAAGUUCAUUAUAGAUACCUUUACAGAGGAAAAGUAAAACCUGACGUUUAUGGUUUUUCAAGUUAGUCUAUUUUGAAAAAUAAUGACACAAGCUCUUAUAAGAUAUAUAUAUAUAUCAUACGUUACAUAGUGUGUUAGUGACCUAAUACGAUAUUAUGGGGGUACUGGCCCAUAUAUAUCGUAUUAGGUCACUAGCACAUCGUGAAACGAAUUUAUCUUACCGACUAUCUUUAUUUGUGGUAUUUUGACAAGCGUAGUGAUUUUAAAGUCUUCAAUACUUUUAAAGUAUUAAGAUCCUACUCACAUUUUUGUAACAUGUUUAUCAUAUGUGUUCGGAGUGGAACCGAUUCCCGUACUAUUUUUUUUACGAUCAAAAGUGCAUAUAUGAAAAUAAAGCUUAGCCAUGUCUAUUUUACCAUUUUGAUAACUUGGCGGAGAAGGGGCACAAUUACUCUUGCUAGGCUCUAUUAUAUUUUGGAAUGCCUAUGUUUUUUUUAGUAGAAUGUUCAUUUUUAUCCUGCCUUGGGCAGUUCUUACAGGACAUACCAGUAAUUUCCUGCAAAAACCUGCAGCUCCUGCACUCUUUUCACUAUUUAAAAUGUAUGAAAGCUGGUUGAAAAAAACAACAACUUUACGUCGUAUUACUAAAGUCGUUCGUAUACAAAUUUACCAAUUUUUAAGUAAGUUGAAGGCAGAACUAUAUUAUUUAUUGUAUAUAUAUAUGCUUUGUUGUAUAGUUUUAUAAAACCAAUAUUUUUACAUAAAUUUUAUUUAUUUUUG